GGGUUACAAGCAGUGACGCAGCCGUGGAACUCAGGUCGAUAGAACUUCUUCAACCAACAGCAAGUACACACAACCGCACAUAAGAAAAAGAAUGACACGGUUUCGCCCCUGUAUAGACCUGCACGCCGGGCAGGUAAAGCAAAUCGUCGGCGGCACCCUCGACAGCACAACAGCCGAACUCAAGACCAACUUCGUCUCGACGCACCCGCCGGCGCACUUUGCGCGGCUGUACAGGGACAAUGAGCUCACGGGUGCCCAUGUCAUCAUGCUAGGGACCGGCAACAUCGAGGCCGCAAGGGAGUCGCUCAAGGCGUGGCCUGGUGGACUGCAGGUCGGGGGCGGCAUCAACGACACGAACGCAAAGGAGUGGGUUGACGCCGGCGCGGAGAAGGUCAUCAUCACAUCGUAUCUCUUCCCCGAGGGACGGUUCAGCCAGGAGAGGCUGGAUGCGGUGCUGCAGGCGUUGGGGGGCGAUAGGGACAAGCUUGUCAUUGACCUCAGCUGCCGGCGGCGCGGAGAUGACAGAUGGUUUGUGGCUAUGAACAAGUGGCAGACGAUCACGGACAUGGAGGUCAAUCAAGAGUCCAUCAAGCAGCUGGAGCCCUACUGCUCAGAGUUCCUCAUCCACGCGGCAGACAACGAGGGUCUGCAAAAGGGCAUCGACGAGAAACUGGUGGAGAGGCUAGCCGAAUGGUGCAGUCUGCCCGUGACGUACGCCGGCGGCGGCAGGAACCUGGAGGAUCUGGAUAUGGUGAAGAAACUGAGCAAGGGCAAGGUGGACCUGACGAUUGGUAGCGCGCUGGACUGUUUCGGAGGCAACGGGGUCAAGCUGGAGGAGUGCGUUGAGUGGAAUAAAUCUCAGCAGUAGAGGAUAAAUGAGAAAAGUUAGAAAUCAAUCAACAAUCGACCCAACACUUGAUCCGGGAUGACAGGCGUCACAUCCGAC